AUCGACCCUCUGACCGGCCCCCGUGAAGGUGGUACUCUGGUGACCAUAGAAGGAGAGAACCUGGGUCUACAGGUGAAGGAGAUCUCUCACGUUCAGGUGGCUGGAGUCCGCUGCAGCCCCGCCCCCUCCCAGUACAUCAGCGCUGAGAGGAUCGUGUGUGACAUGGCUGAAGCUCUCCUCCCUCACUCUCCUGGAGGUCCAGUAGAACUUUGUAUCGGUGUCUGCAGCUCCGAAUAUCGAACUCUGUCCACUCAGACGUACUCCUUCGUGAGCCCUACCUUUACCCGAGUCCGUCCAGAACGUGGUCCGGUCUCUGGAGGAACCAGACUGACGGUGACAGGUCGUCACCUUGAUGCCGGUAGCUCGGUGACGGUGUUCAUCGAUAAAGAGGAGUGUCUCUUCGUCAAACGGACCAAUCGGGAAAUAAUCUGCAUAACUCCCGCCUCCCCGUCGGGCUCUGGCCCCGCCCCCAUCCGCCUGAUGAUUGACAGGGCCGAGGUGACGAGCUCGGAGAUCAAAUACGUCUUCACGGAGGACCCGACCAUCUCCAGCAUCGAGCCGAACUGGACCAUCCUCAAUGGCAGCACAGUGAUAACGGUGACAGGAACCAACCUGCAGACCAUCCAGGAGCCCAAAGUCAGAGCCAAGUAUGGAGGAGUGGAAACCAAUAACGUAAGAGACACCUGUGGGUUCCCAACAUGAGGUCCGCACCCCUUCAGAGGGUCAGGGGACACACCUGAGGGGUCACAGCGAGAUAAACAAACAUAUUUUAUUCUCUUUGUUUGGAAGGUUUCUCUGAAAUACGUUUAUAGUUUUAAGGAUCCUUUAAAUCAUAACGGCCGUCGCCAUCUUGUUUUUGCAGGGCCAGCUGCUAAUGCUACAGCUAGCUAGCCAGUUAUCUAGAUUGCUUAGGUUAGCAUCCCCUGCUUUAUGGUCUGUUUGACUCUAAAUGGAC